AACGGCAUCCGCGGCGGCAGCGGCAGCGGGAACGACAUCGGGAGCGGGAGCGGGAGCGGGAGCGGGAGCCAGCGGGGCCCGGCGCGCCCGAAGAUCUUCUUUGAUCCAAUUAUGAAAAAAUGUUUAGAAAAGGAAAAAAGCGACACAGCAGCAGCAGCUCACAAAGCAGUGAAAUCAGCACUAAAAGCAAGUCUGUAGAUUCCAGUCUUGGGGGACUUUCCAGAUCUAGUACUGUGGCCAGCCUAGAUACAGACUCCACAAAAAGUUCAGGACAAAGCAAUACUAAUUCUGAUACAUGUGCAGAAUUCAGAGUUAAAUAUGUUGGUGCCAUUGAAAAAUUGAAAUACAAUGAGAGCAAAAGUCUUGAAGGGCCACUGGACUUGAUAAAUUACAUAGAUGUUGCACAGCAAGAUGGAAAGUUACCUUUUGUUCCAGGUGAAGAGGAGUUUAUUAUGGGAGUUUCCAAAUACGGCAUUAAAGUUUCCACAUCUGAUCAGUAUGAUGUGUUACAUAGGCAUGCUCUCUAUUUGAUUGUAAGGAUGGUGUGCUAUGACGAUGGUCUGGGAGCAGGAAAAAGUUUACUGGCUUUGAAGACAACAGAUGCAGCCUCUGAAGAAUGCAGCCUCUGGGUAUAUCAGUGCAAUAGUUUGGAACAAGCACAAGCCAUUUGCAAAGUGUUGUCUACAGCCUUUGAUUCAGUUUUAAUGUCGGAGAAGUCCUGAUUUCCUGCGGCAGCAGUGUUCGUGUGGGAGGCACUGGGGCUCCUCGUGGCACCACGGACAGCUUGGAGCCACACACAGUCCUAGGAAAGACUUACUGUGCGAAGAAGAGCCACACAACCUUGCACAUGGUACUCUGGCAUUCCCCAAACAUGACUUGAAGAGUCCAUCUUCAGUGUCUGGGACAUUACAGAAUUUUAUAUUUAACACAAUUUCUCUUUUUCCCAGAUCAUGUUUUCUAUGUUAAUGUCAAUACUGCAGAAAUGUAAAAUAAAACUGACACUUGCUUCUAA